GUUGGCCGGUCAGGCAGGGGCGGGACCUGAGCCUUUUACUUCCGGAUCCCACAGCUUAGACACCGGAAGCCGGAAGUGAGAAGUUGGCAGCGGGAGAAGGGAAGGGCUACAGCGGAACCCGGAUUUUCUCGGAGCGCCGGGGGUCCGAGGAACGCUCGGGGCCCGCUGUUGCCGCCCUUCUCACGUCGGACCGACUCAGCUGACAGGCCCUGACGUGUUGGAUGAGCAGGCCCCCCUGGAAGAGUCCACUGUGUGAGAUGGUGCAGCCGAGUGGUGGCCCAGCAGGGGACCAGGACAUGCUGGGUGAAGAGUCUUCUCUGGGGAAGCCAGCCAUGCUCCACGUGCCUUCAGAGCAGGGCACCCCUGAGACCUUCCAGCGCUGUCUGGAGGAGAAUCAAGAGCUCCGAGACGCCAUCCGCCAGAGCAACCAGACGCUGCGCGAGCGCUGUGAGGAGCUGCAACGUUUCCAGGGCAACCAGAGGGAGGAGAAGGCCUUCCUCAUGCAGAAGUUCCAGGAGGCCCGGGACUUGGUGGUGAGGCUGAGCCUGGAGAAGCGUGAACUGCGCCAGCAGAGGGAGCAGGCCCUGAAGGAGGUGGAGUGCCUGAAGACGUGCCAGCAGCAGAUGGCUGAGGACAAGGCCUCAGUGAAAGCCCAGGUGACAUCCUUGCUGGGGGAGCUGCAAGAGAGCCAGAGUCGCUUGGAGGCUGCCACUAAGGAGCGCCAGGCUUUGGAGAGCAGGGCCCGGGCGGCCAGCGAGCAGGCCCGGCAGCUGGAGAGCGAGCGGGAGGCCCUGCAGCAGCGGCACAGCGUGCAGGUGGACCAGCUGCGUCUGCAGAACCAGAACAUGGAGGCUGCCCUGCGCAUGGAGCGCCAGGCCGCCUCAGAGGAGAAGCGGAAGCUGGCCCAGCUACAGGUGGCCUAUCACCAGCUCUUCCAAGAGUAUGACAACCACAUCAAGAGCAGCAUGGUGAGCAGUGAGCGGAACCGAGGACUGCAGCUGGAAGAUCUCAAGCAGCAGCUCCAGCAGGCCGAGGAGGCCCUGGUAGCCAAACAGGAAGUGAUCGACAAGCUGAAGGAGGAGGCGGAACAGCACAAGAUCGUGAUGGAGACUGUCCCGGUGCUAAAAGCCCAGGCGGAUAUCUACAAGGCGGACUUCCAGGCUGAGAGGCAGGCCCGGGAGCAGCUGGCUGAGAAGAAGGAAUUCCUACAAGAACAGCUGGAGCAGCUGCAGAGGGAAUACAGCAGGCUGAAGACCAGCUGUCAGGAGUCAGCUAGGAUUGAAGACAUGAGGAAACGGCACGUUGAGGUCUCCCAGCCCCCCUUAGCCCCUGCCCCAGCUCAUCACUCCUUUCACCUGACCUUGCCCAGCCAGAGGAGAAGCCCCCCUGACGAGCCGCCCAACUUCUGCUGCCCCAAGUGUCAGUAUCAGGCUCCUGACAUGGACACCCUGCAGAUACACGUCAUGGAGUGCAUCGAGUAGGGCUGCAGGCCGCCAGGCAGCCCAGGACUGUGCUCUCUGCUGCUUUCCUCUCCUGUCUGCCUGGGCCUGAACUAGGGGCAGCUGACACAGAGUGGGCGCCCUCUCUGAGCCCCAAGACCUAGCAACAGGGCCCCAUGCUUCUACACCCUCGUCCACAGGUUCACUUCACUUAGGGCAACACGGAGCCCCAGUGUGGCUCACCACUGUGCCCUUUUGAUUUGUUCUGUCUGCCUGAGCUGCUUGGCUCUGGGGUUCACACUUUUUCCACCUUUGCUGGGAAGGUCACAAGCCACAGCUGGAGCUCCUGGACACCGGCUUCCCAGGCUGAGGUGGGCAGAGCCUUCCUCCCAGCCACCUGGCCCAGUGUCCGGGGCGCAGGUCUUGUAAGCUGGGUGCUGUUCCCUUGGCAGCUGCAGCACAUGGGACUGACACUGUCUGCUACUAAUGGACAUCGGGGUUAUCGCUGUGGUACAAAAUCCUUGUGCAUCUCUCAUACGUACCUUGGGUUGGAUCCUUCAAAGCAGCACCAUUGAGUAUCCAUGGGGCUAGACAGCACUGGGGCCCCUACCCUGGUGUGCCUUCCUGCUCUCCCCACAGCUCUGCCAUGAAUGAUGGGUGUCCAAGAGUGGGGGGGCUUGUGCCCCCCCACCAGAUGAGCUCCUCUCUGUUAAGAGUGAGCUUGACUUAUCUCUUCAGAGCUUGAAGGGUCCUUUUCAGUUCUGGUAUAAAUUGCCUGCUUGGAUUUUUUUUACCUAUUUUUCUGUUGGGCUGUUAGUCUUUUAUUCCUUGACUUACAAGAGCUCUUUGGUCAUUGGGGGAUCGACUCUUUUCGUGUGUGAUGUAACCUGCAGUUAUCUCUUCCUCCUGACUUGGUACCGGUGUGUUUGCACUGGAGCCUGUUCUCUUGUCGUUUCGUUUAUCCUGCACAGCGUUGUCACGACCUCUUGGUCUGAGGAGGUAUGCAUGCCACAGGUACACUUGCCCCAUGCUGCCUGACGCUGCAGUUCACCCUGGUCCUCCCCAGAAGUGCUCCCACCAAAGUCUGUGAUGCUAUUCCCUGUGCCAGUCCCAGAUGCCCCAGCCUGGCCAACAGAAGCCACUUCACCAUUUCUGGCAGAGUACCAACACCAGAGAACUCUUCCUUAUAGUUUUGCAAGAAUCUGGAUAUUUCCGAGGAUGUCAAUGCUGUGGGCAUCAACCCUGUAAUUGUGGUUUCCUUCUCAGCGCUCAGCAUCCCUCUGUGCCCUGGGGGCUGCCUGGUUGGAAACGGGAUGGCACAGACUCUCGUCCCUGGGUUUUGUGUGGUACUCCCUGCUAUCUGGCAGUGCCAGGGCGGACUAGGAUUGGGAUAUCAGUCUGGAUGGAUGAUGACCCAGCCAGCAUCCUGUUCUGAAAAUAAGCCUGGGCUGGGGGCUUUCUUGUCAUCUGCAGGGGUAGACUGGUCUACUUCCUGAAGCCCAAGUGUUCAGUUGCAAAUGGUCCUCAGGAACAUGUUAAAGGCACAGAUAUGUUCUCUGCUCAUGGAUGCUCAUUCAAACCGUAUCCUGCAAUUUUUCUACAAGAGCACUUGCCAUUUUGGGGGAAUGUAUUAGUUUCCUGUUGUUGCUGGAGCAGGUGACUACAAACUUGGUGGCUUAAACCAUCUAGAAUUCAUUCUUUCCCACUUCUGGAGGCCUAAGUCUGAAAUCCAGGUGUGGGCAGGCUUUGUUCCUUCUAGAGGCCUCUCUUCCAGCUCCCAGUGGUCUUCCUCAGUGUUCUUGGUAGGUGGACGUGUCUCUCCAGUGUCUGCCUCUGUCUCUACGUGGUCUCCACUUCUGUCUGCAUGUCUUUCUUCUCUUUCAAGGACACUUACUGGAUUUGGAGCCUCCCCCACCCCGAGUCAUCCAAGAUGACUUCAUCUCCAGAUGCUUGCUUUCAUCACAUCCACAAAGACCCUUUUCCCAAGUAAGAUCACAGUCACACGUUCUGGGGGUCAGGACAUGUGCAUCUGUGUUGGCCACUGUUCAGCCCAGCACAGGGUCAUCUUCUGGAGCCUACAGAUAAGGAAAGAUGCGUUCGAAGGCAGGCAUCUCUGGGAUUGGCAGCUCUGUCAGAGGGCUUGUUUUCCAGGGUGAUGGUGACCGCUGCGCUCUGCAGAGGCAGGUGACACUGAGGUGAGGAAAAACAGAGUUGAGAGUGGGGUAGGUGCUUGCAGGCUCGGGGACUGUCGAGCUUCAGGCCCUGUCAUCUCCAGCUGGACACCGCUGCUGGGGCUGAUGCACGCAGCUUGGAAAAAGAAAGAGGGUGGCUCUGUUGGACCACUUGCAUCCUGGGUGGUGGCUCCUGGCUGGGUAGGGAUUGGUUUCGUGCUUCUAAGAUGAUGACAGGUGCACCAGAGUGCUUCUCUGACCAGCCUCCUCCUCUGAAAGAAGGAGAGACCCCAGAGUGGUGUGAGGUGGACAUUCUCUGUGCCCUCAACCCAGGAGUGUUGCUACGGCUCGGGCAGACGCCCCCACCUAGGCAGCACAGCGGCUGUAGUGGGAGCUUCACACAUGUUCCACCUGUGCCCCAAAGCAGCUGCUUUGGGGCUGGCUGGGGACCGGGCACCGGCUGGGACCCUCUGUUGUCUGGAACCUUCUCUUCCUGCAGGCUUGGCACCCCUCACACCUGGCCUCCUGCCUCCCGUGGGGCCGACGGGAUGUGAGAGACAGGGUUUUCAACCAGCCUUCUGAAACAAGGGGCUGGAUUCCUCCCGUGAGGGAAGCAGUCUGCCUGCAGGGUCAGCUGUGGCCCCUGGACCCUCACGACUGUGGGUUUGGGUGGUGGAGAUGGACAGAUAGGACCUCCAUGUUGGCAUUGCCCAUUGCUUCCACACACCCUGCUCCAUUACCUGGUUAAGAAAAUGCAUGUUAAGAGCAAUCAAAUAAGCACAAUACAAAAGCAUUUCUUCCUCAUGAAUGACUAGAACAACACAGACUCAAACUAGACAAAAAGUGAUGUCAAAAUGGCAACAAAUGCCGACUUCCUGUGCCCUGUUGACAAGGCGUGGGGACCCAUUGCCAUGGGGCUGGUCGGGCGGGAUGGACAAGCACCUAGGGAGUGUCCCAGCCUCCUUAACCUGGUGACUUUGGCACUGUCAGGGUGCUGGCUGCAGCAGCAUCUGUAGCCACCAAAGGCUGUGGAGUAGGAGGCAGCACUUCUGGAGUGGUGGAUACCUCGUCACCUGGAACCCACUCCAUCACGUGGGUGUGAAAAAGCCAGCAGAUGCAGCGAUGUAUGAAGUGUGACCCCAAUAAAAGAGGGAGAGCUGUUGUGCACGCCCUGCUACCAUUUGGAUAGCUGUGGUGGUAGGAUUACCAGUGAUUUAAGUUUGCCUUACGUGUUUAUGUAUUUUCCAGAUGCCCCUCAUUUGUAUGUAUUACUUUGAUAGAUAGAGAGUGUAUGUUCCUGUGAACUUGGUCUGGGGUGGGUGCAGCCAAGGGGUUUGCCUGCGAGUGGCUGGCAGCAGAUGGUACGAGGGCAGACUCCUUGCUUCUGAGCUGUGUGUGCACACUUGGGGGGGCUUGUGCUGCAAACAACAGAAACAUAUUGUCUCCCAGUCGUGGAGGCCGGAAGUCCACGAUCCAGGCCUGGGCAGGGUCAGUUUCUCCUGAUGGCUGUGAGGGAGGGUGUGUUCCAGGCCUCUCUCCUGGGAUGGGAGAGGCCGUCUGUGCCCUGUGUCUUCAUGUCGUCUUCCCUCCAUGCGUGUCUGAGUCUCUAAGUGUCCACUUUUAUAAGGACACAGUCCCAUUGGAUUAGGGCCACCCUCGUGACCUCCCUUUAACUCAGUCACCCCUGAGAAGACCUAGUCUCCACAUGUGGUGGCAUCCUCAGGGCCAGCGGGUGAGGACUGCCCGGUGUCUUCUUGGAGGGAACACAUUUCCACCCAUAAUGUGGGAUGCCUAGCUGUCUUUUUUUCAAAAAUGUCUUACUUCUUUCUUUUCGGCUCUGCUGGGUCUUUGUUGUUCCGAGGGCUUUUUCUAGUUGCUGUGUGCCGGCUUCUCCCUAUAGUGUCUUCUCUUGUUGCAGAGCCUGGGCUCUAGGUGAGCAGGCUCAGUAGUUGCUCAUUGGCAUGUGGGGUCUUCCCGGCCCAGGGCUCCCCACACUGGCAGGCGGAUUCUUACCCACUGGACCACCAGAGAAGUCCCUAGCUCUAUUUGAUAGGAGGCCGAAGAGAGCAUUUAGGUGACAGCAUAUAGGAGUCUGCUGUUAGAAAACAGCUGCUGCUCCACCUCCGUGGUGAAUUGGAGGCCUUCCGUGGUCCCCUACCCGCUGAUGGGUCAGAAAGGCGUCAGGGCUGAGUGGCUUCCUUGGCCGCAAAAGGACAUCAUUGGAAGGGCCAGGCCUGACACGUCCCUCGGCAGGCUUUGCUGAGGCGCAGAGAGCAGCAGUGGCUCCUUGGAGAGGAGCUGGAGCCCAGCAGUGUGUUCCCUAGGCCCGUCUGCGGUGUGAGGCUUGCACUGGUGACUACGUUUCUGAGUCUCAGGCUCCUCAUCCAUAAAAUGAGACCAUCCAAGGUUUGACUUCCAUUUCAGUGGCUGCUGAGAGCAGACUGUUGUUUGCAUGCUGUUCCCCCGGGGUGGAUGGAGAAUCAGAGGAAAGGAAAUAGGACUGCAGCAGCCGUGUUUUGCAGGCGGGUGGUGUGCAGUGUGGCUGCUUUGUGGUUUCUGCAACCUCUGCCCUGACGUAGCCGAGUAUCUCCUUCCUUCAUGGUGGUGAAGCUAUGGCAAGGGGGCCGCUUGAACAGCCUUGGCCAGGGCAGAGCUAGAACUGGAGUCAAGAUAGAAACCACAAGACUCCAAGGCAGACAUCUCAACCUAGGGUCAAACUGCACACUACACUGUGUGUGGGGGGGCGGCCCCCCAAAUCCAGGUGGGUACAAUUUGGAGCACAUUGCCACUGCAUCCACGGGGUGGGCCAGGUGGCCCUGCUGCAGCCGAUGGGACUCAGUUGCAGUCCAUCUGCAUUUGUUUUGCUUGUGGCGAACCAUCAUGAGCCUUUGUUGCAUUUCUUCAUUUCUUUGCAAAGACUUCUUUAGCCCCAUCGAGGUUACCAUUGUGUGUAUACUCAGAAAUGGGAUGAGAAAAUGUGCUGACCACACACUGACCUGUGCUGUGACCUUCCCUGCUGACUCUGAGAGCAGUUAAGUGCAACCAACUGAACAUAGAGUGAGAAGCAAAAGUGAUUUCCUAAGAGUCUAGUGGUGGUGUGGGGCUGCCACAAGCAUCAUAAACAGUGCUCUAUGUUUAUGGGCAGAGGUGCCCAUGUUCUCAGUUGCAUUAACUGCUCUGCUAACCACAGGGGUGGCCACCCCUGGCUUUUGUGCUUGUGUUACCCAGUCAUUGGUGAGCACUGACUUCCUGACAGUUGCACUUCUCUGAGCACAUCCCCAGGGGCUGCAUUGGGUGCUCACAACAAAACACAGAUACAUACACACACACACACACACACACACACACACACACACACACACACACACACACACUAACUGCUAACUAACUGCUCGUUAAUUCCUGCAACUUCAAAGAUAAUGUGACUCUUUAAACCUAAAAGCAUGUAAUUCCAAGCUGCAAAUUAUGUUUUUAAAAGCUGAUUGUUAAAAGUUUAUUUUAUGUUUUUAAAAGCUGAUUGUUAAAAGUUUAUUUUCAAAGGUGUUCCCCAAACACUUCAUGGUGCAGGUGUUUUUUUUUUUUUUUGGUAGUAAAAUACACAUAAGAUUUACCAUUUUAACCAUUUUAAGUGCACAGUUCAGUGCAGUUCAGUUCAGUGGCAAGAAGCAUAUUCACAUGGUUGGGCAACCACCCCACCAUCCAUUCCCAGAACCUUUUCGUCUUCCCUAAUGGAAACCUGGUCCCCAAUAGAUACUAACUCCACAUCUCUGCCCUCCCAGUCCUCGUCUGUCUCGUGUCAGCAGCAUUAGGAUAUGCAGUCGAGGAGCAGCUCAGCCGGCCUUCAGGUAAAGGGGUAGGAACCGGUUUUAUUUGGUAACCACUGUCAGCAGGUGAAAGUGCCGGGCACCCUUCUGAUAGGAACAGGGGUCCCGGUGAUUUGAAGGGAGAGUGAGGUGGGGUCAGCGAGCAGGGUCUCAAGUGAAAACUCAUGGCGGGUUGGUCAGGGUCAAUGUGGUGAGGUCAGCAGCAUCCAUCCCUGGGGUCAGUUCUUGGAUGUUAUGAUUCCAUCCUACUCAGAGAUGGGGAGACUCAGGCCCUGUCCUUCCUGAGGAUUCCAUUUCAAAGGAAUGGCUCUCAGGUCCCCGAGAAGGCCUCUUCUGGGUUGUUGGAGGUACACGGACAUCUCAAAGGGACAGAGCAGGGGUUCACAUGUGGGGAGCCUUCUUAGGAAAGACUCGGAGAAAGGGGGGUUGCUCAGUCAAAUGUUAGCUGGAACAAACUACAUUCUCUUGCCAGCCCUGUUUUCUCAGACAGGGACUCAAAAGGGAGCUGGAUCAGCCCAGGGUCCCGACCUUAGGCUGCAAGAAGUCAGCCACAGUUGGCCAUCCCUGAGUGCCAGAGGUUGAAUGGCAUGUUCCUACCAAGAGUCAAUGUCACCCUCUUCCCCUUCCUUGACGGUAUCUUUAGGCUUUUGCCCCUGUUGCCCCCCUCCUCCCCAGCCCUACAUAUGGCAGGGAAUGCCCUUUCCCAAAUCUUUGCGUGACUGGUUUCUUUCUGUUGUUCAGCUUGGUGUUGAAACAUCACCUUCAUUUAAAGUCUCCAUCCUAAAUCCA